AUGUACCGCAACUCGGAUUCAAUAGUCAGGAUCGCUGUUGGUGAUACCACCCCCUUCCCCAUAACCGUAGGCGUGCAUCAGGGUUCCGUUUUAAGCCCCUAUCUCUUCAGUGUGAUAUUAGACGAACUGUCAACCAGCGUACAGAAACUACCGCAGCCUUGGCUGCUUAUGUACGCUGAUGAUAUCGCACUAGUAGAUGGAGAUAAAGGACGGCUCACCAGACGCGUGCACGCAUGGAGGGAAGCGCUAGAGAACGGCGGGCUGAAGCUAAACGUGGCGAAGACGGAGUAUAUGGCCUGCAACAGCAUAGAUCUGACGUCUCUCCGUAUAGGCGACGACACCGUCGAGCGCACGGACAACUUCAGGUACCUCGGAUCUGUGCUUGAUGCGUCAGGGGACAUCGGUCGCGACAUCAAGGCCCGUAUAUCAGGCUUGGGCAAAACGGCGCGAGGUGACGGGUGUCAUUUGUGA